CAUAAUAUAAUUGCAUUGUUUUGUAAAGUGAUAAACUGAUAACAGAAGCACCGCUACUUUACAUUAUCUACCAUAAUCACUAAUAACUAUAGUAUCAGAGUGAAUUUAAUAACGUAAACAUGUAAUGUAUUUGUCUUUCAUAUAAUUAAAAAAAAAGUUUUGGUUUUAUUUUGGAAUAAAUUGUGACAAGGAUGUAUGAUUCCGUUUUAUUUUCUGAUAGCAAUUACAAUACGGUGGUCCACGCAAACGAAUUCCUAAUAAAAUAUGAAAAAUUAUUUAAUUGGACGAAAUCGGAAGAUAUUUUAGAGGUUGGCUGUGCAAAUGGAUGUAUUACCAAACAUGUUCUUUACCCCAUCGUUAAGGACCACCUUCAUCACUUAACCGGUAGCGAUAUUUCUCAAUCAGCAAUUGAUCAUGCUAACAAAAUUAAUAACAACCCCAAUUUAUCGUUUGAAACAUUGGAUAUUACUAACCAAGGUGAAUGCGAUCAAUACAUUGAGAAAUUUCAUCGUAUUUUUGCAUUUCACGUUCUCCACGUUGCCCAUAAACCAGAAUUAUGGUCAACAAACUUAUAUAAAAUGUUAAAGCCAAACGGUCAAAUGUUUGGACACAUAAUUGUCAGUUAUCCAAAUUUUUGUAAUUUGGUUACAUCAGAACAACGAAAUGAUCAAUCAAAACCAUGGUCGGAAUACAUGCAAAAUGUACGUGAUGUCUUUUACGAUUUCGGACCUAAACCUUUAGAAAGAGUCAAAGAAAUUUUUAAUCAAGCCGGAUUUUUAAUUAAUCUUAUCGACAUCGAACCUAAAAAAGUAUUAUUUAAAAAUAUUGCUGAUUUUAAAAAUACGUGGAUAUCAGCUAAUCAUAUUUUAAAUCAUCUGCCGAAGGAAUUACACGAUGAUUACAUAAACGAUUUCUUAACGAAAUUACUUCAGCAUGUCACGUAUAAUAUAGACGGAUCUUAUGAAUUUACAUUUGAUGUGCUUGUAUUUUUAGUAACUAAACCUUAGUUAUUAUUAUUUAUAAUUAUAAUAAGACAACAAUUGUGUUGAUAUUAUAAUGGAAAAACUCAUAUUAACAUUCUAAGAUAUGAUUUAAAGAUCAUUAAAUCCAUGAAACCAUUAAAUACUAAAUAAAUUUGC